AUGGCUGCCAAGGCAGAAAUCAUAUCUGCCAUCACCUCCUGGAUCGAGAAGCUCCACCAGAAGAUAGGAGAUGCGUCGUCUGCAACCAGGAUGGGGUCUACAAAUGUCAAGAUUGUCUUGGGGAGCCACUCUAUUGCACUGGCUGUUGCAGAAGUCAACAUCUUUGCAAUCCCUUCCAUUGGAUCAGUCAAUGGAAUGGUCAAUUCUUUGAGCAAAGUUGUCUCACUCACGUCGGACUCGUGGGACUUGUUCGAAGAAGACAAACCGGAAGACCAGCUUGAGCCUGAAGAUCUACCAUCUGUGUCGGGACCCAAGUUCCAGCUGAAGGAAACACCAUGGUCAUCAUUGACAAGUCCGGAGUUCAUCGCCUCCGGGGUUCUCGAUGAUUUUCUAUUGGACAACCUUGAAUGUGGGGACCUCGGUGAUGAACUAUUACAGCAAGCUCCGGCGAAUGACCUCGAGGAUGUUUCCACACCUUGUACCGGCAUGGGCAAGGACCGAUACCGAGAGCUCAUAAGAGUCGCCCGACAGGGGAGGCAGUUGAAGACGAUGAAAUGGCAUGGCUUCAGCCAUUGUUCCGACAGCCCGAAUGCAGGAGAUCUCGCAUUAUUUUGCCCGGCAUGUCCUCAGCCUGGGAUUAAUGUGUCCUUCUCAGGGGAUGAAUCACUUGAUGAGUGGAAAUACACUCAGUCAUUUGUUAUGGACGGAAAUUUCAAAGCUGAACACCUGCAUCCCAUGAAGCCAUUUGAUGAAGUUUGGCUGUCAGAUGGGUUGGGAUUCAUGGUGGGAAAGGACAGACAAAUGAACAUGGACUAUGCCCUUUGUGAGGCUGCCCGGCACAACAUGGAAGGCAUCACCAGGGUGGUCACCUUCUAUGAUAUCAACUGUCAAUACAACAAGCACUUUCGGGUUCGGGUGGAUCAAAGCCUGAUUUCUCGAAAUGGUUCCGGAAUUGACCAUCAUUCCCUGGAAUCGGGUUGUGGCACAUCCACGGACAUCAGGACAGCUGCUAUGUCCGAUAUGCUGUCGAAUUUUAUCGAAGGCAUCGGUCAGAUUGAUGGAGAGAUCAUGGAGACCCUAUGGUCAUGUCUCAACCUGAUUUCCCCUGCUGCUCGGGGAAUGUCAUCCCCACAUCGAAAGGAAUGUCUUGAUUAUCAGAUGAAUGAUUCCAAUUUCUGCAAGAUGAUCCGCAUGAAAAGGACCCUUUGCCGAAAAUACAAGCAGGCGAAGAAUGGCAUUGCCGAAAGUGAAAAGGCUUUCGACAUACUCAAUGAAGCAGCACCCGGCGAUUCAAAGACAGAGUGGCUAGCCAGCGAGAGGAUCGCUCAGUCCAGCAGAAUAAAUAAUCCUGCGGCUAUGGAUGUAUAUGAGAUUAAUAUCAAGAAGGCACCUGCUCGCAGGUCUGUGGCAACAUGGAUAUCAAUGGGGUUGGCGAUUGAAGAGGCUCAAAUCGCAUUGCUCAUCGAGGUCCGAAGAAUUGGUAGAAGAACUACCGAGACACAGAAGUUAGACAUCGCCCGGCAAUGCGAUCAUCUCCAAGGCCAGAUAGAUAGAUUCACUCGGUCUGCUAUUACGCAUCUCGGAGAGGGAUUUGAUGCAGAUGAAGAUCCUGAAGACUUGUACUUGGACAUUCUUGAUGAUCUCGAUGAUGACUUGGCAGACUUCACCGAGACAUCUGACACAUGGGCAAACUCCCCUGAGCUCACUGUAAUCCCAUUGCCAUCAAACCUCGGGGUAGAUCGAUGCAGACGCUGUAUGGCAGACGAUCUCAUUCCGCUGGAGAUGUCUCUUCGUGAAGGGCAGGCCAAUGACUCCCUUCACAACCUCCGAAUUCACUUGUGCAACAAGGUGAUUCUGUUUCGAACAACAGUUAGGCAAGCCAAAUCCCAGGCCCUGAAAACUCGAGCUUGGUCCCAGGUGACGUCAGUGCAGCAGGCAGUGUCCCUCCAUGCCAGUAUAUAUAUGAAGACGAGGAAGCAAAUGAUGCAACUGGAGCCAGGGCAAGACCAGGUUCAGAAAUACAAACCCCUGCUUCGAGAGCAACUCAAAAUCAGCACUGCCGUUGGCGAUCCAAAUGCCCGAGGUCAGCGAAACGAGUCCCUCACUUGGUUCUGGUCAGUCGAAGUCGACCUUGGGGGUCCCAAUCACUCGUGGAAUGAGGAAUUUUACCGAGUUCAUUGGCUCCGGGCAAAGGCACUAUGGGAUCGAUGGAAGGAAGAAAUGAUGUUGGUCCAAUUGGAGAUGGAUUGGACAUGUAACUUUUUCUUGUGGAAAGCAACCCAAUGGGGUGACAGGAUGUGCGAAUCAUUGGUGAAACACCUUCCGGGUCAUGCAUGCUACUCGGGAAGGCAAUCCCAAAUGUAUUCAUUGCUGGCACAGGAUGCCCAGGCAGCAUUUCAAGACCUGAAGACCGGGUUUAUAGAUGCUCGAGAUUAA